AUGGACUUCUCCGAGUACACCGGCCCCAGCGAGGAGUGGAUCGCCGUGGCGCGAGAGCUCCCCCCCGCGCCCGCGCUCUCAACCGAAGAACUCAAGGCCGUCACUAACAAGGGCCGCGAGGAUGUCUCGGCCAGGGACAUAGUCGAGAAUGGCCUCCAAUCCAAAGUCUCCCUGCACGACCACUCCAUCCCCACCCGCGACGGCGCCACCAUCCCAGGACGCAGCUAUCGCCCUGCAGGGGUAGACGCAUCUCAGCCUCUCCCCAUCUAUAUCCACCUACACGGCGGCGGAUUUCUAUUCGGAACUCUAGACUCCGAAGACGCAGCGUGCGCCCGUCUCGUCGCGACGUUGGCGGAACAGGGCGUCCCCAUCGUCGUGGUUAAUGUAAACUACCGACAUGCACCGGAACACAAAUACCCCGUUGCCUGGAACGACACAGAAGAUGCCUUCCACUGGGUGCACGACCAUCUAUCCGAAAUUGGCGGCGACGGCGCGAAUCUCGUCAUGGGAGGUGUAUCUGCCGGUGGGUGGUUAACAGCCUCAACGGCCAUCGCGCAAGCAACCGGGAAUGACAAGAGCCUUGCUUCAAGACCGAAGAUUAAGGGUCAGGUUCUGAUUAUCCCCGGCCUGGUGCAUUAUGACUGCUACGAGUCGCAGGUGAAGAGGUUGCGCGAUCCCAGUGUGUCCAGCUGGGUGCAGAAUCGCGAUGCGCCGGUUAUUCCGUUUGAGCGGGUGCAGUUGUUCUUUGAUGCUCUUGGUGUAAAGGAUGGCAAAGGCCGUGAUGCCGAUUUGAGGUUGAAUCCGGGGAAUGUCAGUGCUGAGCAGGUCAAGGGGUUGCCGCCGGCGACGUUUGGGGUUGCGGGUAUGGAUCCCCUCAGGGACGAGGGGUUGUUGUUUGCGCAGCUGCUUGCUGAGAAUGGGGUCCCGACAAAGACGAAUGUCUUCAAGGGCGUGCCGCAUGGCUUCCGGAGAUUUGGGGAUCGGUUGUCGGCGUCGAAGAAGUGGGAUGAGACUAUCGUGGAGGGCAUCAAGUGGGCGUUGAGUAGCCCUGCUGCUGGGCCUUUUGAGAUUCAUGCAUUUUAA